CGGAUUAAUCGAAAACAGCUGAUCAUAUUUUGGGGGCGGUACUGUUUGCUGUACUGGCUGAUGGGGAUGAAUGAUAUGAAGUACGUUGUUAAGGCCUGAUAAGGGUUUAAUAAAGGUAUAUUGAUUUAGGGGAACUGAAAAUGGUGGUGCAUUAUUUUACGAUGUAUGUGAUGGUGUUUGUUUUAGUGCGCAGGUGUUGUUUCGGUUUCGCUGCAAUGGCUGUGGAUGAUACUCUUGCUUUCCGCGCUGCUUUUCGCCAAUAUUAUAAGGCAUUUGGUGAAUUCGAGGAAGAUUUGAAGCGGUUUCAACUUCAGACGGCGACCAGUUUUUACAAAUAUGACGUUUUGACCGCUGCGUCGUAUAAGAAGAGGUCCGGUCAAGAGCUACCCGAUGGGAUGCGGUACAAAUGGGUACAAUAUCGUUGUGUCCAUUGCACCCGGAAAGGAGACGGUGGCAGUCGGUAAGUGCGAAAGUUUUUUAUGCGUAAUUCAUGUUUCAUAGGUAUGUCAGCCUCGGUUGUAA